AUGGUGUCUUCCAAACUUCUUAUCGCCUCUCUUGGCUUUGCUAGCUUGUCUGUCGGCCAAUGCCCUUUUGCUGAUCCAGGUAAACUGGCUGCUAGAGACGAGGGGAAUUCUCGUGAGCAUCUAGAGGACUAUGAAGUCGAUGAUAGCAAGGGGUACAUGAGUUCCGAUGUUGGCGGCCCCUUCGAGGAUCAAGAGAGCUUGAAGGCCGGAGAACGGGGCCCAACUCUACUGGAGGAUUUUAUCUUCCGCCAAAAGAUCACACAUUUCGAUCAUGAGCGUGUCCCCGAACGAGCCGUUCACGCACGAGGCGCUGGAGCGCAUGGAACUUUCACAAGUUAUGGCGACUACAGCAACAUCACAGCAGCUUCAUUCCUCGGCGAGAAGGGAAAGAAAACCCCGACGUUUGUUCGCUUCUCCACUGUUGCGGGAUCAAGAGGUAGUGCCGAUACUGUGAGAGACGUACACGGAUUUGCUACUCGAUUCUACACAGAUGAAGGCAUACUUGAUCUCGUAGGGAACUCUAUCCCCGUGUUCUUCAUCCAAGAUGCCAUUCAAUUCCCCGAUCUCAUCCACGCUGUCAAGCCCUCCCCCAAUAGUGAGAUCCCCCAAGCUGCUACAGCACACGACUCAGCAUGGGACUUUUUCAGCCAACAGACGACAACAUUGCACACUCUGUUCUGGGCCAUGGCCGGACACGGUAUUCCCAGGAGUUACCGUCAUAUGGAUGGUUUCGGCGUGCACACUUUCCGCCUAGUAACCGACGACGGUGACACAAAGUUCGUCAAAUGGCACUGGAAGACCAAGCAAGGCAAAGCCAGUCUUGUAUGGGACGAGGCGCAGCAUCUUGCAGGAAAGAAUGCCGACUAUCACCGUGCAGACCUUUGGAACGCCAUUGAGUCUGGCAACGGACCUGAGUGGGAACUCAAUGCCCAGAUCUUCGAUGAGGACCAGGCUCUGGAGUUUGGAUUUGAUGUGUUGGAUGCUACCAAGAUCAUCCCCGAGGAGUAUGUUCCUCUGCAGCCGCUUGGUGUGCUGAAGCUUGAUGCAAACCCCGUCAACUACUUUGCCGAGACUGAGCAAAUCAUGUUUCAACCUGGCCACAUUGUUCGCGGCAUCGAUUUUACCAACGAUCCUCUGCUGCAGGGACGUAUCUUUUCUUACCUCGAUACCCAACUCAACCGUCACGGAGGUCCUAACUUUGAGCAACUUCCCAUCAACCGACCCCUAUCUCACAUUCACAACAACAACCGAGAUGGAGCUGGUCAGAACUUCAUCCACAAGAACACUGCCCCUUAUACUCCCAACACCUUGAACAAGGGCUACCCCAAGCAGGCAAACCAGACUCAGGGCAAGGGUUUCUUCACAGCCCCUGGCCGCAAAGCUUCUGGAAAUCUGUCUCGCUCCAGAGCUUCUACUUUUUCUGAUCACUGGAGCCAGCCGCGGCUCUUCUAUAACUCUCUUACAAAGGUCGAGCAGCAGCUCCUCAUCAACGCCAUUCGCUUUGAGACAAGCAACCUCAAGUCUGAGACUGUGAAGAAGAAUGUUCUCUUCCAGCUGAAUAAAAUCAGCCACGAUAUCGCCGUCAGAGUGGCCAAGGUGCUAGGCCUCGAAGCUCCUGAAGCUGACGAUACCUAUUACCACGACAACACCACGGCUGGAGUCUCAACCAUGGGAAAGAAACUUCCCACCAUCGCUACUCUCACUGUUGGUGUCUUGGCAUCCACAAACUCCAAGAACUCAAUCGAGCAGGCCAAGGCUAUCAAGAAGGCUCUCGCCGAGGACAAAGUGACUGUUACGAUUGUAGGCGAGUUCCUGGGAGAUGACGUUGAGGUAACCUACGAUGGUGCAGACGCCGCUAAGUUCGACGGUAUUGUAGUCGCCAGCGGUACUGAGUCUCUUUUCAACGGCACAAGAAAGUCAACUCUCUACCCUCCCGGCCGCCCAGCACAGAUCAUUGUGGACGGCUACAACUGGGGGAAGCCAGUUGGAUUUGUCGGAAGCGCAAAGGCAGCGGCUCAAGCAGCGAGGGUUGGUAAUGGAGAGGGUGUGUAUCUCUCUAAGGACGUGGAUGCUGUGGUCAAGAACCUUAAGGAUGGUUUGGCAAUUUUCAAGUUCACUGAUCGAUUCCCCCUGGAUGACUGA